AUCCCGAGGCCCCAGUUCUUUACUCCACGAGCUCACCUUCCGGUCUUCUCUGAGCUCUCUCUCUCUCCCCCGCAAGCGUGCACAGUGCCACAGUGAGCUCCCUCUCCAUCUCCACCCGAUCUGGUCGCCUCCAAGUCUCCCACCAGCCCGUCUCGUUGCACGCGCCUCCGAAAGCCUAGACCUCCCCUCGUGAGUUGCUUCGCCGCCACCUGCCAUGCACCCGGCCCCGGCUGUCGCCGCGGAGCUCUGGCGCCCGCCGCACCUCGCCGUCGCCGCGGGCGGCGGCCGCGCGGUGGAGGCGUCCUCCGCUGUUACGGAGAAGAGCAGUGCCAGCCGCGGGGGCGGCAGCGGACGGAGGAGGCGGCAGGAGCCUCCGGCGUCCGAGGACGACUCUUCCAGGAUCGUCUCCACCUCAGGCGGCGGCGGUCAGGAUUUGACUGAUUCAGAAGCUAAGCGUUUCAAAGCAAAUAAAUCCAGUGAUGAUAAUGGCAGUCUAAGAACGGAGGCUGAAACUGAUUCAAGAAGUACUGGCAAGGUAGUUAGUAAAAAUCCUCCAGCACAAGAGCCACCAAAACAAGAUUACAUCCAUGUCAGGGCAAGAAGAGGCCAAGCAACUGACAGUCAUAGUCUUGCAGAAAGGGCACGGCGUGAGAAAAUAAGUGAACGGAUGAAAGUUCUCCAAGAUCUCAUCCCUGGAUGCAACAAGGUUACUGGAAAAGCAUCAGUACUCGAUGAGAUAAUUAAUUACAUCCAAUCUUUGCAAUGCCAAGUUGAGUUCCUGUCCAUGAAGCUUGAGGCGGUUAAUGCCCAUGUUAACACUGGAGUUGAAGCAUUUCCGUCCAAAGAUUUCGGUGCUCAGACAUACAACACAGCUCCUGGUCUGACAUUUGAUACUCAAACACCAAGAGAAUACUCCCAAGGCACCUCGGAAUGGCUUCACAUGCAGAUUGGCGGUGCCUACGAAAGGGUGUCAUGAACGAAAUGAAUUCAGAGUAGCGGCCAAUAAAGUGAACCAUGAUCAAUCAAGCCCAUGGUUCUAGAUUAUCUUUCGGAACCGUCGUGUUCCAAUCACAGUUUUAUUCAUGCUUCGAGCUGUAAUGCCAGUAGGGACAUGUAUUUAGAGGCGACCACAGUUUUUUUUUUCAUCUGGAUCUCAUGACAUUGUUUCUCCUAUUCAUUUGUUCCAUGGAGUUUCUGUCUACCGCCAUCAUCUGUAAGAAGUAUGAAUAAAUCAGGUCUUCUUUCUCCUCUUCUGGGAGCACCA